UAGUAGUGGGUUGUGUGCUUCAUCUCAUCCAAUGAUGAUGAUGAUGCCUUUUGUGACUACUUGUCAUAAUGUUUCCCAUCAAAUUCCCUUCAGUCCUAAUCCUAUGAAUAAUGCUCUCACGCACAGUACUCCUUUCCUUCCUCUGCCUUCUUCUUGCACUAAUACUUCUAAUCAUCAACCCCAAAACCACAACAGUUCUGGGUUAGUCUCCUUUUUCAUGGACAACAACAACAACAACAACGCUAGCUCUUCUUCUUGUUCUGCUGCUAAAGCAAAGAUCAUGGCUCAUCCUCACUAUCAUCGUCUUUUGUCUGCCUACGUUAAUUGCCAAAAGGUUGGAGCGCCGCCGGAAGCGGUGGCGAGGUUGGAGGAAGCAUGUGCUUCUGCGUUGACAAUGGCAGCCGGCGGCGGUUCGGGGUGUAUCGGAGAAGAUCCGGCACUGGAUCAGUUUAUGGAGGCAUAUUGUGAGAUGCUUACCAAGUAUGAGCAAGAACUCUCCAAACCCUUCAGGGAAGCUAUGCACUUCCUUCACACCAUCGAGUCUCAGUUCAAAGCUCUCACUAUUUCUUCUUCUUCAGACUUCGCUUGUGGUGAGGCUAGUGAUCGGAAUGGAUCAUCAGAAGAAGACAUGGAUGUGCCAAAGAAUCUGAUUGAUCCGCUGGCAGAUGAUCAAGAAUUGAAAGGCCAACUUCUUCGCAAAUACAGCGGAUACCUGGGCAGUCUGAAGCAGGAAUUCAUGAAGAAGAGGAAGAAAGGGAAGCUUCCUAAAGAAGCAAGGCAACAACUUCUGGACUGGUGGAGCAGACACUAUAAAUGGCCUUACCCAUCUGAGUCGCAGAAGCUGGCGCUGGCAGAAUCAACAGGACUGGAUCAGAAGCAAAUAAACAAUUGGUUCAUUAAUCAAAGGAAGCGUCAUUGGAAACCAUCGGAGGAUAUGCAAUUCAUGGUGGUGGAUCCUUCUCAUCCUCAUCACCAUUAUUACAUGGACACUGUUCUUGGCAAUCCCUAUCCAAUGAUCUAAAUAUAUGUAGUAAUAUCGGCAAUGCCUACAUAUGUACGUAUGUUAAGUCAGGUACGUAUGAGAAUCUGUGUAUUGUAAUGUCAAAUUUAAGGUCAUUAUUCCACGCUUAAAACCUUCGAGUAUGAUUAAUUGUAUUAAUUAUUGUGUGUAGAAACUGAACAGGCUGCGAAGCAAUCUGUGUAAAUCCGAACAGCUCUUAAUAUAUUUUUGUCGCCAGAUGUGAUGAUGUUAUUAGUGUUAUAUA